AUUGCAUGGUUCCCUAAAACAUAAAAAAAGCACAAAACAGAGAGAGAGAGAGAGAGAGAGAGAGAGAGAGAGAGAAUAUAAAAGGUUGGCUCCUCCCGCCCCAAAUCUGCACUCUGCACCAUCUUCUUCAAUUCGUGGAUCUGCACCAAAUCGUCGCAAAUGGCGACCAUGGCUCGGGCAAGCUCAGGCCUGGCCUACCCCGAGCGCUUUUACGCUGCCGCCUCCUACGCCGGCUUCGAUGGCUCCUCCAACUCCUCCGUCUCCGACAAAUUCCCCAACGACGUCGCUCUCCUCCUAUACGCUUUGCACCAGCAGGCAACCGUGGGACCUUGUACCAUUCCCAAGCCUCGAGGAUGGAACCCGGUUGAACAGAGCAAAUGGGGGAGCUGGCACCGGCUUGGGAACAUGGCUUCCACAGAAGCAAUGCGUCUUUUUGUGAAAAUAUUGGAGGAAGAACACCCAGGGUGGUAUUCAAAAGUAUCUGAUUUUGUUGCAGAGCCUGUUGUAGAUGUCGAAAUGAAUCACAAUUCAAAAGUUGUGCCAGUCACUGAAAAUGGCAAUUCUUUCCCGGAGAUGAAGACUAUCGCCACUGAAAAUGGGAGCAUGUUGGAAACUCAGGAUAAAGACGUUGUUUUGGAAGGCUUAGCUUCAGUUGGUGUAUAUGAUCAAUGGGUUUCACCUUCAGUAUCUGGUCAACGCCCGAAAGCCCGAUAUGAGCAUGGAGCAGCAGUUGUUCAAGAUAAAAUGUAUAUAUUUGGUGGAAACCACAAUGGUCGUUACCUUAAUGAUCUUCAGGUUUUGGAUUUGAGAAGUUGGACUUGGUCCAAGAUUGAGGUUAAGGUUGCAGCAGAGUCCCCGGAAUCAUCAUCUCCUGUAACAAUACCUCCCUGUGCUGGUCAUUCCUUUAUACCAUGGGAGAACAAGCUUCUUUCAAUAGCUGGACAUACAAAGGAUCCUUCUGAAACUAUCCUAGUGAAGGCAUUUGAUCUGCAAACAUGCACUUGGUCAACAUUAAGAACUUAUGGGAAGGCACCGGUGUCACGUGGUGGUCAAUCAGUGACUCCUGUUGGGACAAGCUUAGUCAUCUUUGGCGGACAAGAUGCAAAGAGAUCUCUCUUAAACGAUCUGCACAUUCUUGACCUGGAAACCAUGACCUGGGAUGAAAUAGAUGCUGUUGGGGUGCCACCUUCGCCAAGGUCUGAUCAUGCUGCUGCAGUGCAUGCACAACGCUACCUUCUUAUCUUUGGUGGGGGUUCACAUGCUACAUGCUUCAAUGAUCUGCAUGUCCUUGAUCUGCAAGCUAUGGAAUGGUCGAGGCCCACACAACAGGGUGAGAUUCCAAGUCCACGGGCUGGACAUGCCAGUGUCACAGUCGGGGAGAAUUGGUUUAUUGUUGGUGGAGGUGAUAACAAGAGUGGGGUCUCGGAAACUGUUGUUCUCAACAUGUCAACACUUGUUUGGUCUGUUGUAACUACUGUUCAAGGACGCGUUCCUCUAGCAAGUGAGGGUUUGAGUUUAGCGGUGAGCUCGUAUAAUGGUGAAGACAUUCUUGUGUCUUUUGGGGGAUACAAUGGGCGAUAUAGCAAUGAGGUUAAUGUUCUCAAACCGAGCCACAAAUCAACCUUGCAAUCAAAGAUAAUGGAGGCUUCUGUGCCAGACAGUGUGUCUGCUGUGCACAAUGCUACAAAUGCAACCAGAGAUUUGGAGUCUGAGUUUGAAGCAGGUCAAGAUGGGAAAAUAAGAGAAAUUGUUGUGGAUAAUGCUGAUUCAGAGCCCAUGAAAUUUAAGAGUGAGGAAACCAAUGAACGCCUUAUAGUGACUCUCAAGGCAGAGAAAGAAGAACUAGAGUCUUCACUGAGCAAGGAGAAAUUGCAGUCCCUCCAGUUAAAGCAGGAGUUAACCGAAUCUGAGGCUCGAAAUGCGGACCUGUACAAGGAGCUUCAAUCUGUACGUGGACAACUUGCUGCCGAACAGUCGCGAUGUUUCAAGCUUGAGGUUGAUGUUGCAGAACUACGACAAAAGCUGCAAACAAUGGAGACCUUACAAAAAGAACUCGAACUCCUGCAGCGACAGAAGGCUGCUUCAGAACAAGCUGCCUUAAGCGCAAAGCAACGGCAGGGCUCAGGCGGUGUGUGGGGUUGGCUUGCUGGCACCCCACUCCCUAAAGAUGAUGCCUGAAAGCUCUCAAAGCCUAAUCACAGAGUGGCCAUUAGAUUUCCUUCUUAUUGAUCAUUUUUACUUGAGGCUUUUUUAUUUUUUUCCCUCUCUUCUCUUUAACCCGUUCUUUUUUUUUGACAGAAAUAAGAUAUUCAAGUUUUUUGUUUUCCAGAAGGAGACCUCAGUGGCUUCCUUCACGAAUACAUGUUUUGUAAUCUCAACCAUGUAGUUAACAUAUGGGCAGGUGCUAUAUAUUUCCCCUUAUACCAAUUUCCAAAUAGUUUGUAAUUGGAGUGGAAAGAUUUCGAGUGAAAUGUAGAAUAUCAUCGUUUGCCAUGAGAAAAAUGUUUCUUUCUA